AUCGACAACUUAACCGGAUGUGUUGUAAGAAAUUUUGGGGAAACUGACAGCAGUGUCACUCAGGCGUUCCCAGUGGUACCGUUUCUCUUCCGACUAAAAAACGGGGACCAAACUCUUUUUAUGCUGCAAAAUCGAAGGACUUAAUCAACCAAUUGGCUUCAACUUAUCAGUUUGAACGAAUCCGGGAGAGCAGCCAUGUCUGGCUCCUACGACGACUCUAUGAUCGACGUCUCGAGCGACAGCUUCUGGGAGGUGGGAAACUACAAGCGAACGGUGAAGCGCGUAGAUGACGGCAACCGGCUGUGCAACGAUCUAAUGAGCUGCAUCCAUGAGCGUGCACGCAUCGAGAAGAUGUACGCGCAGCAGCUCAGCGAGUGGGGCAAACGCUGGAGGCAGCUUAUAGAAAAAGGCCCUCAGUACGGCAUGCUGGAGCGAGCGUGGUCAGCACUGUGCACGGAGGCAGAGAAGGUGAGCGAGCUCCACCUGGAGGUCAAGGCGGCACUGAUGAGCGAGGACUACGAAAAACUGAAGAAUUGGCAGCGCGACGCCUUCCACAAGCAGAUGAUCGGCGGCUUCAAGGAGACCAAGGAGGCCGAUGACGGAUUCCGCAAGGCGCAGAAGCCCUGGGCAAAGAAACUCAAAGAGGUGGAGACGAUGAAGAAAGCGUAUCACUCUGCCUGCAAGGAGGAGAAGCUAGCAGCCAGUCGGGAAACCAACAGUAAGCUGGAGAGCAACAACAACCCCGAAGCGCAGAAGAAGCUCCAGGAGAAGGUUGAGAAAUGUCAGCAGGAGGCACAAAAGACCAAGGAACGCUACGAGAAGUCCUUGGAGGAGCUGGACAAGCUGACCCCUCAGUACAUGGAGAACAUGGAGCAGGUGUUUGAGCAGUGGCAGCAGUUUGAAGACAAGCGCAUCCGCUUUUUCAAGGAGCUCCUGCUGGAAGUCAAGCAACAUUUGGACCUCUCCACCAAUCACAGGUUCCAAACCAUAUACCACACGCUAGAAGACACCAUCGACGCCACGGACGCAGAGGAGGACCUGAAAUGGUUCCGGUCCAACCACGGCCCGGGCAUGCCCAUGAACUGGCCGCAAUUUGAGUACCUGGAUUGGUCCCGCGUUCGCUCCUUUAAACGAAGGUCCAUUUUAGACUGGUCUGUAGACCUGAACCGGACCCUCAGCAGACGGGGGACGAAGAAGAACUCCGAGGGCGUGACGCUGACAGGCAUCAGUCAAACCGGAUCCGACCAACCCGUCCAGCCGUCCAAGACCAACAGCAGCAGCCUAACCGUGCCUAAUAAAGCGCCGCCAACGGGAUUCAACCCGUUUGACGAGGAUGACGAUGACCAAGAUGAAGAGAAGCAGGAAGUGCAGGUGGAGGCGGUGGAGGAGACGCCGCCGGCUCGCAACCACAUCAGUGGGAAAAAGCAGGAAGUGAAAACCGUCAGCAGCACCGAGCGGACGGCAGACUGGUCGGACGAGGAAACCGCCGCCAACCCAUUCUCGGCCAAUGGCGACGGCAACCCGUUCGAAGAAGAGCCGGCCUCGCCGGUGCUGUCUGUGCCGGUCCGGGCGCUGUACGACUACGAGGGCCAGGAGCAGGAUGAGCUCACUUUCAAAGCCGGCGACGAGUUGACCAAAAUCGGCGAAGAGGAUGACCAGGGCUGGUGCAAAGGUCGACUCAAGGACGGGCAAGUCGGCCUCUACCCUGCCAAUUAUGUUGAGGACAUCCAGUAAUAAGCACAAGUGAGUAUAAUGAAAGCAGUUGCUAUCGUGUGGAGUGGUCUAAAAGGAAAAUGACCCCCAUAAGGAACUCUUUGGACUUUCGCAGGAUGGAUGAUCACUCAAGUUUGGCAUUAAAAGACAAUUUUUGGCGCUGUUUCAAGACACACAUCAAUUUGAAUACAGUAAACACUGGGCCUGAUGUGAUGAACUGUUACUUGGACUUUAAUAUCAAAGGGAGAUACGGGAGAGGUGCUCACAUGACUAGAGUUACGGUCCAGUGUGGUGGGGAGGGGUCCCAUAUGGCACUGCACUUGAAUGUAAGUUCACUGAUUGUAUCGUUUUGCUCAUUAACUGUCCACAAACUAUAUGCUGUUGUUGUUCAUUCAACCACUGAUGAAAUUAUACGUAAUACUCCCAAUUCUUGAUUUUUUUCCCCCCUUCAUUUUCAUUUCAACACUGAAUAUUUAACCAGAAGGCUUGAAGCGCCACCUCAGUUACAAGUGUGGGAGUUGUUGUUUUGAACGCAAUACAUUAUACGGUAUUGUAUGGAUGUAAAUGACACCAAUUAAGCUUUGGAAUGGUAGAAAGUGGAUAAUUGUUAAUUUAUAUGUUCUCCUUCCAAUGGUCUGACUGAGAAUUAGUUUGUAAGAAAAAAAAAACAAUAUUUUAUGUUAUUUUCCUACUUUCCAGCAUUAUUAUUUUUCCCAUUCUGGGGCCAAAUUGAUCUAGUUAGCAUAUAUUAUGUAAAUAAUUACUGAAAUGGCGCAUUAUUCCAACAUCUUUUAUUGAUUUUGUGUAUCAGUUAUAAUGAUAGCCUUGUUUUUCUCGUUACAUUCUUCAUUUGCAUUGAGUAUCCAUGAGCUGACUACUCAAUAUAUAUAUAUGAAAAUAAAAAGCCAAUGCAGAUACCUGCAAAUGCAGCAAAAGAUGUAUUCCAAGAAUUUUGCCUAAUUUUCAGGGCACACACAUUGUCAUUUGCACACUUAAUGUUUGUAAAUGUUGUCCCACACAACAUAAUAAAUGAAUUUAUUAGUCA